UGCCGAUUCAGUGGCGGGCCCCAUGACCGAGACCGCACCAAAGAAGAAGAAGUGGCUCAAGAAGGAAAAAAUCGGGCAAGGCGCGCAUGGUAUCGUGUACAAGUGCACGGAGCUGCCGCCGUCCACGCGCGUCGUGGCGCUCAAAGAGCUGAGCACAAAGGAUCUUUCGUUCGAUGAAAUCGACGCACUCAUGCGCGAAGCCACCAUCAUGCACGGGCUAACGCACAAGCACAUCGUGCACUACGAAGGCGUUAAGCAAAAAAAGCGCCGCCAUCUGCUCGAGAUAGCGAUGGAGUACAUGCCGGGGGGCUCACUCAGCGCGUACAUUCGCGCGGUGGGCGGUGCUCUCACGCUUGAGCGAACGCAGCGCUACACGUGGCAGCUUCUGCGCGCACUGCAGUUUCUUCACGACCACCGCAUUGCGCACCGGGACAUCAAGAGCGCCAAUGUGCUACUGAAUUUUGACCAAUCGCAGCUCAAGUUAGCCGACUUUGGCGCUCUCAAGGAAAUCGGUAGCGUCUCGGUCGUCGGCGGACUCAAGGGAACGCCCCAUUGGAUGGCGCCAGAAGUUAUCAAGGAGCAACAGACCAGCGAAGGGUGGAUCAAAGCCGACAUUUGGAGUCUGGGCUGUACCGUGCUCGAGAUGCUCACGGGUCAGACGCCGUGGCACGAAUUCAGCAACCCGCUCACCGCCAUGUACAAGAUCGUGUCGAGCGACUCGAUUCCAAAGGUCCCGACCGACUUGCCAGCCGAGGCAGUUGCGUUUCUCCACGCAUGCUUUCAGCGCGACCCCAGCAAGCGACCCGACGCCAAACAGUUGCUGCUCUCGCCUUUCUUGAAGAGUGUGCGGCGGGAACGUAAGAAGUACAGAGCGGACGCCACGUCGCGCCCCCUCAGUGACUCCCCGCCCAAAACAGUGACGACCACGAAAUCGAAGCCCAAGCUGGCCGUCGUGGAGAAGCCGGCGACACCGCCGCUCAAGCUCCCCACGCCUGAAGGCGACGACGACGUUCCCAUGCCCAAAUCCAAAGUGCUCUCGAUUCUGCAAUCGCCCGACGUGCCAUCGCCGUCCAUGCGUCACCGGGCUAAGAAACUCGUCAAGCUCGAACCCCUCACACCGAGUGCGCGCGAGACCAACCAAGACGAGCGGCGCGACGCCGAGCUUCUCAUCAGCGCCACCAAACACGCCUCUCCGCAGCCGCGACGCGGUCCAGCGCCCAAUGAUCUCACCAACUCACCUCUGGCAUCGCCACGGUCGCCAGCGCACUUGCUCUCGACGCGGUCGGUGGGUGACAUUCAUUUGCCGCCAGGGCUCCAGCGCCCCGAGCUACGCCGCAUUGCGACCGCGCCACAGGCCAUGCGACGCUCCGAGGUAUCGCCGAGCCGCGUCAAGUUGCCACCACUCUCGGCGCGCGGGCCCUUACCCCCAUCUACCUAUGAUCUGUCGAGUAACAAUGCAUAAAACUUUGUUUCCUGUUCAC